AUGAGUGCAGCAUUGUCAUUAAGAACACCGGGCUUAAUAAAAAUAUCGGUUGGGCAACCAUUUCAUUAUUAUUUCGAUGUAAAUUUGCGAGACUUAAAAGUCGAAGAUGCAUCUGGUGGAGAUUUCCCUAAAUGGCUAAUGUGGAAUGAUAAUUUGAAAGUUCUACAAGGAAUCCCAAAUUUCGAUGAUACUGGCAAAUAUUAUAUUCGUGUUGUUGGUGAAAAUGGCUCGAAUUCCGUCAUAGAAUUCGAAAUCACUGAUGAAUUGAAUGAGUGCGGCAUUCAAGAGAAUAAUUGGAUGGAAAUCGUCUUAAAUAAAUCUUUCGAUAAACUGAAUGUAGAGGAAAAAUUAAAAAUUAUCGAUUAUUUUCAUGAUUAUUUUAACAUCAGCAGUUCAUUGUUUCGAAUCUAUUCUGAAGAAUAUAAAAACGAAAUUUAUCGUUAUGAAAUUACGGAUACAAAUAUAAACAAAAAUAUUGAUAUUGAUAAACGAUUUGUUGUAAUUUUUAUGCGAAUUUAUUGCGAACAAAUCGAUGAAAAUCAUUUAAAUAUUAUCGAAAAUUUGAUUAAUUUACCUAAGGAUUUCAUCAAAGAUGAUUUUAUCAUUGGAUGGAGGAGUAAGUAUUUUCAGUUAACAAAAGGUAAAAUAACUGCUCAUAAAGAGCGGAAUCAGGCGAUAUCCGGUGUCAUUUCGUCUCAUUUGUCCGACGAAUUCGCAACCAACGAACCGUAUGACAAUAUCGAAAGUAGUGAUGAGAUGUUAUCGUUAUCGUCAAGUGGAACACUGCGAUUAACUCGUUCUACUCGUCGAAUGAUUGAUCAUCCACCUGUUCGACUCAAUUCAUUACUCACUUUUUACUGUAAAAGAGGAGCAGUAUGUGAACUGAUAAUACCGGAGAAAACAUUUGUUGAUGCAGAAGAUGGUGAUACUCAUUCUUUAUCGUUAUCAGUGUUUACUUUGGGUGGUAAUAAAAGUUGGUUAUCUAUUGAUAGGAAUCGCCUUAUGUUGCGUGGUAUUUCUAUGAAUACUGGUGAUUUCGAAUUUCGCCUUGAGGCUCGAGAUUCUGCGAACCAGAUGACUUCUGCUGCAUUUCGAGUAUCCGUCCAAGAAAACUCUUUGUCAAAUCAUCUUUUUACUCUUGAUAUUCAGCAAAAUUAUGAUCGAAUUUCUGAGGCGUCAACUCUAUACGCUUUUGUUGAAAAAUUAGCAAAUUCUCUGGGUGAUCGACUUCCGCACAAUAUUGUUAUAAAAAAUGUGAAACCUGGAUUACACGGUCGAACAUUGAUAAGCUGGUUCAAUUCUUCAUUGCCAUAUGAAAUUUGUCACCGAAAAGCAAUUGAUUCUAUUAGGUAUAUAAUGUUAACAAGGAAACGAGAUAGAGUUCGAAAUGAUUUUAUAAGAGCAAUGAGUUUGCGAUUUCAUAUCCGCGAUGUUCAGUUUGAGCUUUUUGGAUCAUGUAAUAAAAAUGGAACAGAACAAACAACAGUUGCAUCCAUAGUUGAGACAUUGACUUCUCCAGCAACUACAUUAAAUCCAGAAAUUCUAUCUACAAGUACUUCCUUCUGGUUGCCACUCGUACUUGUCAUUUUCUUUAUAAUUUUAAUAUUGAUUUCUAUCCUCAUUUGUUGCUUUUCGAGAAGGCGGCAUAUCAAAGCAGGUAUUUAUGGUUUUAUUUUUCAUUAUGAAAUUUCCACUUUAUUACUUACUUAUUACUUUUCUUUGUUUUCAGUUCAGUCUGAAUUUGUUUCAAAAGGACUUCCAAUUGUGUUUCCGGAGGAAAUCCCACAGGAAGAAGAGGAAAUAAUAACUGUGUCCACUCCGAUGCUUAUCAAAGAAGAGAGGCCUCCCCUUAUCAUAUCACAGCAUGAGAACCCUCUUUAUAAACCACCCCCGCCACUUUCAUCAGCUUCAAGUCCACGUCCAAGGAGUUCAACAACUAGUCAGCGUCUUCCUCCUCCAUAUGUUCCUCCUUAA